AAUGCAAUUAUUUUUAAACGAGUGUUUUCAUUGGCUGUUGUCGGUAGUCAAUUCCACAGUUGACCUGCCUCGGGAAUGUGUAUAUUACUACGCAGUCUUGCGCACUUGUUUAUUUUGUAAACAAUGGCUGACCCAGAUAUUGCCGAUACGUUCCAGUACAAUGAUGAAGACAAUGCAUUCCUAUUAAUCCCUUUAAUAUUGCCGCAAUUUGAACUGGAAGUAACAUAUCCAGACACAGCAUCAGAAGAUGAAGAGAAUGGGACAAACCAACAAACUAGGACUGCAGACAUCAGUCGUGAACCAGAUGAAGCAGACGAUGACCAUCUUGACCAAGUUGUGCUUGCCGAAGUUGAACCAAAUGAAGAUGAGGAUUUAUUGCAAGCCCUAGAACUUGUAGAAUCACAAAAUGAGACAAACCAGAUUGAAGAACCUGAAUUGGAGGAUGUUAAUAUUAUAUCAAAUGGAAGGUUUCCUGUUAUCAAUACAGAAGAGAAGGAGAAUAUUGUAGAUGACGCGAACAGCAAGUCCACAAAAAAACAGACUAAAUAUGGAGUUAAUAUUUUUAGACAGUGGUUAUUGGAAAGAGAAAAAAAUGUAGAUUUUGAGGAUCUUGACAUCACUAGUUUAGAUGCAACAUUGAGGGAAUUUUACGCCGAGGUCAGAAGUACGGAUGGCAAUUUUUAUUCAAAGAGUACAUUUGUUGGAAUAAGAGCCUCUAUCAACAGGCAUUUGAGGGCUCCCCCAUUUAAUAAAACCUAUGCAUUAAUGGACAAAUCAAGUUUUAGCAAAUCAAAUCAAAUGUUUUCAGCAAUGUUGAAGAAGCUUCAACGUGAGGGUUUAGACAAAGCUAAACAUCACCCUUUUAUAACUGAAGGAGAUUUGCAAAAGUUGAGAGAUUCAGACAUCUUGUCAAUCAAAACUCCCAAAGGUUUACAGAGAAAAGUUUGGUUUGAUAUGAUGAUAAGCUUUGGUCGUCGUGGUAGAGAAAAUCAAAGGCGAUUUACUAAAGAUACGUUAGAAAUUAAAACUGAUGACCGGGGCCAUGAAUUUGCCCAAUUUGCACAUAGUGAAACUACAAAAAAUCACCGUGGAGAUAUAGCCGAUGAUAAUUUUGAAAAAAAUCCAAGAAUGUACAGCACGUACAAACCUGACUGUCCUGUACAAACACUAAAGUCAUAUUUAUCCAAAAGAAAUCCUACUACCAAUGACUUCUUUCAACUGUCACGUCCAAAAGUGGAUUCAAAUGAUGAAAUAUGGUAUACUUCAAGACCUUUGGGGGAAAAAAUGUUAAAUAACAUGAUGAAGGACAUAUCAAAAGCUGCUAAUUUGUCACAAAUAUACACAAAUCAUUGUGUACGCGCCACUACUAUAAAUAUUUUGGCCCAUGCUGGUAUUGCAGAUAGAGAAAUUAUGAAAAUAACAGGUCAUAAAUGUGAAGCAAGUCUUUCUUCAUACCAUGCAGAUUCAUCAGACAAACAGAAGAGAAAAUAUUCAGCACUAUUACAAGGUGUUGAUGAAACACCUUCUUCUUCAACAGAUACUGUUAAGAUAUCUCAACCAGUUGAUGGAUCUACAAAUAUAUAUCCUUCAACAAGCAUAGGCGUUCGUUCAACAUCAGCAGUCGCGUGUAUGGAACAACCAUGUGCACCUUCCAAAGUCCCCCUGUCGGCCUCUCAGUCACAUUCCUACCACUUGAACAUGCUUCAAAACAAUGUUAACAACUUACCUCCGCUAUACAGCAAACAGUUUGAGAUCAACAACUCCACCGUUCAGAUUUACAACUACCAAUUGCCACAUUCUGCACCUCAGUAA